CGCUUACAGAAACUAGCAGCAAGAAAAUUCAUUUUUUAUGUCAUAAUCCUUUGAUCCAAUGGAUCUUUUGGUCAAUAUAAACUCCCUUAAUUCGUCUCUACCAUUUUCCUCUUCAACUGUGUCAACCCUAAACUUUAUCACCAUUUAUUCUCUCUACAAAGAAACUUUCUUGAUCUUGAUAUAUCCUAAAACCUAAAAGAUAUCCUUCGGACAUCCUUCUUGUAGUUAUGGGUUCUGGAAAUUCAGAUACGUCCAGCGAUCACGAAACUAGUCGCUGCUCGUUGUCUCCGAAUAGCUCGAAAGAUCAGGGUUUAGGUCGCUCGUAUGAGUGUACUUUCUGCAAAAGAGGGUUCACAAACGCUCAAGCCUUAGGAGGUCACAUGAACAUCCAUAGAAAAGACAAAGCAAAAGCCAAAAAACACAACACUGCUUCAACCAAACCCGAUAAAGAUCAUUCGACAUCGGUUUCUUCGAGAUCUUUCAGUCUUACUCCUAACGAAGAGGCUCAGUAUAAUCUUGGUUCUUCUUUAGGGUUUCGGACAGGUGAUCAUGGUUAUCAGUUUACACCAUCAAACCCUAAUUUUCAUUGGGCUUUGGCUGCCAAACCGUUCGAUGAUGAUCGUGCCCUUCAUGAGGAGCAUUUGAGGGUGAAUUUGAACCUUGGAAUUGGGAGUUCUGAAAUGGAAACUAGCAAUAUAGAGAGUACAAAAAUAGGGCAUCAAGAUUGGGUUGAAAAUGAUGUUGAUUUGGAGUUGCGUCUAGGUCAUUAUCCAUAGUUCAAUGAUGAUCAUACAACUACUAUAUAUCAUAUUUGAUCGAUGCUUUUUGCCCAUGUAAAGUGAAGGAAAGAAACACAUUUUCAAAGUGGAAACAA